AUGGACACUAGUCGUUCUCUCAGCAGUGUUUCUUGGGUUGAGGAUAUACUGCAAGAUAUCCUACACGUAUACAAAGAUUCGAAUCGAGGACAUUAUCCUGGUUGCCUCCUGGGUAAGAACUCCCAUUACUUGAAGAGUCACCUGGUCCUAGCAUCAGAUGCCGCCCUUAAUGAGUUCAUCAUCAAAUCCCGAUUCGGCCGACCCGACUUCCCUAUUACCGUCGACAACAUUACAGUAUUAGCUAUCGUCGGCCUUUCUUCCAUCACGUGUUCUUUUGUCGGUCAAGUCUGGAGCAAAACUGCGUUCGCUAUAUCGCUGUUACGAAUGUGCAAUGGGUGGAAAAAGGCCUUUGUGUGGUUUUCCAUCAUUUCUAUGAACGUUCUCUUCGCGUUCUCCUCUUUGUCGUUUUGGGUUGGGUGUGUACCGUUGGAGAAGAGAUGGAAGCCAUUCGCGGACGGAACCUGCUACGAUCUCAAGUGGGUUGUUUCAUUCGGAAUCUUCGUUAGUGUAUACUCUGGCCUCCUCGACAUCGCCUUAUCAAUCAUCCCAUGGCUCAUUCUUAUGCGGCCCAGGCCGGCCGAGGAGUCAUCUGGUCUUACUUUGAGCAAGAAGGAGAAGAUUGGUGUGUCUGUGGCUUUGAGUAUGGGAAUGUUGGCCGGGAUAGCGGCGUUUGUCAAAGCAUCGUACAUGCGCUCAGUAAAUGAUACCACUGGUGAUUUUUCUCGUAAGUUAAGACCCUUAACGUAUGAUCGGGAUUCAUCUAAUGCAAGUUACAGAUGGGGGAGCAGAGUUGGCCGUUUGGGCCGGGGCUGA